ACCGGCCGUCCUCUCGCUGCUCUUGCUAAUGAGUUUCAGGUGAGUGGCACAAGUCCAAUAUGAAAUACUCCUCGGCUGCAGUCUCACACAGGCGAGAACACAUGCCCAUGGAAAGCCAUGCGCCUGACCUCCAUUCGUCGGUGUGGGAGGCCGUCAUGCUGUUGUGGAGGGCUCCAAGCGUACUGCCGCAGUAUUUAUACGACUACCCUCCCUGGUGCAUCCCGUACAACCGUACUUGCCUCCAUUUGCAGGAAACUAAAGGUAUAAAUUCGCCAUGUCGUUCCGAGGAGGAUUCUCCCAUCCGCAAGAACGGACCAGCAAAAAUCUCAAUCGACCAUACUUAUAGUGAGAACCGGCACACACAAGCGAGAACACAAGCACAUGGAAAGCCAUGCCCCUCAUCUCCAUGUUAUGCCCAGCCAUGGCUCAGAUUGAAAGAGGAAAGAUUCAUUUGUUGUACUAGAUGCAAUCGUCAGUGUGGGAGGCCGUCAUGCUGUUGUGGAGGGCUGCAAGGUUAGGUUCAAAGUAAUCAAGGAAGAAUGAGUGCUGCCAAGAGCUUCAGCAAGAUUGAUGCAUUGCCUUGCAUGUGGUUUUCCACUAAUUUCUCCUCUUUAAGAACAAUAUAUGUUGAUAUGAUUUCUUUUGUAUUUCUUUUUGAUCCUACAAAAAGGAGCCUGCAAAUCGGUUCCUUAGAUAUUAUACUGAGUCAGUGUUAGGCAAUAAUUCAAA